AUGUACGGCUUUUACAUACAUGGCGAAUCCGUCUAUGAGUACACAGAUGUCAGCAUGAAGGAGUUCCAGCACAACUUAUUGCUUGAAUCUCAAGGAAAUAUGCCUGCUAGAGGUUUGGGUGGACAAGGCGUGUACCAGACUUAUGAGGUGUAUAUUAGUCCUUAUCUCCGACACUACUUGUAUGCGUGUUAUAGUCAACUCUUUCUAGAAUCCCAAAGGUCUCACAGAAAUCUUCUCCACGCGGUGCACCCAGCCUCAUGGCAUUUCCUUGGCUUUACUGUUGGAUUAUCGAAAAUACCGCAUGUUUUCCCGCAGGCAAUAUGGUCAAUUAAGGAUAGUGUUAAUCAUGCGUUCCAGGCGUGUGUGUCACGUUCAGAAAGGAUUAUUUUACAAAAAUCCAUCCUCCAGAAGCUUUUUGCCUUUCCACCAAAUAUUAUGCACAUGAAUGGAUCUCAAAAUGACGGCAAAAGUACCAAGGAUCUAUUCUUCUUGGAUGAUGUCUUGUCAUACGGUUCUGCUUUAAUGCUCGGUCUGGAUUUUGACCUGUUUGUACUUUAUUCAACAUUUUUCGCUGUCAUAGAAUCUUCACUGGGGAACAUUUAUGUCUCCAUGUUGCUUACUUUCAUCGUUGAAGUCGUCAUCCGUUGGUAUCGUAAGCAUGAAGGCAUGGUCAAUCUUAGUACCAAGAUGAUAAUAGAUGGUCGAUUAUUUGUUUGA